UUUACAUAAGAGUGUGGGUGGAAGAGAUUAUGAAGUCCAAAGGUUUUGUAUUUGUGUGUCUUCUUCUUGUGUCUGCUUUGGUUGUUUCGUGGGCUAUAGAAUCCCACACUGAGUCAACCCAGGAUGAGCAACAAGUGAAUCUAGCCCAUGACUUAGAAGAGCCUAAAUAUACACAUGGCGGCGGUGGCAGUUAUGGAGGAGGCGGCGGAGGGUCUAGUGGAGGAGGAUCUAGCGGUGGCGGUUAUGGAGGCGGUGGUAGCCAUGGUGGAGGUGGGUCUGGUGGUGGCGGUCAAGGCAGUGGAGGAUCUGGCGGAGGCGGUCAAGGAGGCAGCGGUGGUGGAGGUUCCGGCGGCGGAGGCAGUUAUGGAGGAGGUGGGAAAGGAGGAGGAGGUGGGAAAGGCGGAGGAGGAGGGGGUAGUGGAUCGAGCGGUGGUGGUAAAGGGGGCGGAGGAAGUGGGUCCGGAGGAGGGGGGAAAGGUGGAGGAGGUAGUGGAUCGAGCGGUGGUGGUAAAGGGGGCGGAGGAAGUGGGUCCGGAGGAGGUGGGAAAGGCGGUGGAGGAGGAGGGAAAGGGGGCGGAGGCGGUGGAUAUGGGGGAGGAGGAGGGAAAGGGGGCGGAGGCGGUGGAUAUGGAGGAGGAGGAGGGAAAGGGGGCGGAGGCGGUAAAGGCGGAGGAGGAGGAGGAGGGGGAGGGUAUGAAGAUAGGGAGUAUAAAAAGGGAGGAGACGGAAGCGAAGGUGGAUGGAAAGGCAACGGUGGUGGAAAGUGA